CGUCAUGCUAAGCCUCUUGGAUAGUUCGUCUUGCUGCGGCCUUUAUAUCAGAAGCUGUUCGAUAUGGAGGCGGAGCUCAAAGCACAAAUACCUGGUCUUGACCAUGUCGUAUCCGAGUACUCUGUUGGAUAUCUAACUCAUGCCUCACAUGCAUAUGUAGAGGAUGUAGACCCAAACGCUCCCUCGCCGCUGUCUGCAGCUGCCGAAACUGUGACGGAUAUUCUCAUAUCGGCGUCAGGGGACUUUUCACCGGAGAACGAGAAGGCCAUUCGCAAUUUGGUGGAGAAGUUUAUAACAUCGCUAAACUCAGCUGAUGGCGUGGAUGCUGAACGGAGACAAAUGCCCUUUGCGGCAAAGAAACUUGACCAGACGAUCAACGUGGGCUCUCAAAGAAACAUCUCCUCAACGCUCGGCUUGGUCGGGGGAUCUGUUGAUUUGGAGUCGGCCACUUCGCGCAAAGUCGAGUCCCGUGUAGACAGGAAGAAGCUUGAAAAAGCCGAACGAAAGAUCAGAGCCAAGCAGGACAAAAAGAUUCUCAAAAAUGUACAAUACGAGGCUUCACGAUUGCUCGACCAACCGGAUAGCACACAGUCCUAUGAAGAAUUCUUCAUGGCUGUCAAUCCUUUGCAGUUGGGAGCUGAAGCUCAGUCCAAGAGUAAGGACAUCAAGGUCGACGGUAUCGAUAUUACCAUCGGUGGACAACGAAUUCUUAGUGAUGCAUCCUUGUCACUAUCGUAUAGUCGAAGGUAUGGUCUUGUCGGUCAGAACGGUAUUGGAAAGAGUACAUUGCUCCGUGCCUUGAGUCGCCGAGAAGUUGCAAUUCCUACACAUAUAUCCAUUUUACAUGUCGAACAAGAGAUUACUGGUGAUGAUACCCCCGCACUCCAAGCCGUCUUAGAUGCCGAUGUCUGGCGGAAACACCUUCUGCAAGAGCAAGAUAACAUCACGAAGAAACUCGCCGACAUCAUCGGUGAAAGAUCGUUAUUGGCAGAUACUUCAAAAGAUGCCGCUAGAUUAGAUCAGGAAAGAGAUGGACUCGAUAUCACACUUAGUGAUAUUCACUCGAAGCUCGCCGAAAUGGAAUCGGAUAAAGCCGAAUCUCGUGCUGCCAGUAUCUUGGCCGGCCUUGGAUUCUCAACGGAGCGACAACAAUUUGCGACCAAAACCUUCUCUGGUGGUUGGAGAAUGCGGUUGGCUCUUGCUCGUGCACUAUUCUGCGAACCUGAUUUACUUUUACUCGACGAACCGUCAAACAUGUUGGAUGUCCCAUCUAUUACAUUCUUAUCUAACUAUCUCCAAACCUAUCCAAGUACUGUUCUGGUUGUUUCUCAUGACCGUGCGUUUUUGAACGAGGUGGCCACCGAUAUUAUUCACCAGCACUCGGAACGACUAGAUUACUAUAAAGGAGCCAACUUCGACUCAUUUUACGCAACCAAGGAAGAACGGAGGAAGAAUGCUAAGCGGGAAUAUGAGAAUCAAAUGGCACAACGAGCCCAUUUACAAGCCUUCAUUGACAAGUUCCGUUACAAUGCUGCCAAGUCUUCGGAAGCUCAAUCAAGAAUCAAAAAAUUGGAACGUAUGCCUGUUCUUCAACCUCCGGAAAGCGAAUACGUUGUUCAUUUCAAAUUCCCUGAUGUUGAGAAACUCUCUCCUCCAAUCAUUCAGAUGACAGGUGUUGCGUUUGGUUACACUAAAGAUCAACCUUUACUGCGGGAUGUGGAUUUGGAUGUGCAACUUGAUUCUCGUAUUGGUAUCGUUGGCCCAAAUGGCGCUGGAAAAACCACAGUUUUGAAACUACUUAUCGGCCAACUUGAGACUACAAGUGGUUUAAUCUCUCAACAUGCUCGCUUGCGAGUGGGAUACUUUGCUCAACACCACGUUGAUGCUCUGGACUUGAAUGACAGCGCCGUUGGAUUUAUGUCAAAGCAAUAUCCUGGCAAAACUGACGAAGAGUAUCGUAGACAUCUUGGCGCAUUUGGUAUCACUGGAAUGACUGGUCUCCAAAAGCUCGGUUUGCUCUCAGGUGGUCAAAAGUCUCGAGUAGCAUUUGCCUGUCUAUCCCUCACUAACCCUCAUAUCCUCGUUCUGGACGAGCCUUCCAAUCAUUUGGAUAUCGAAGCGAUGGAUGCGCUAUCAGAAGCUCUUAGGAACUUCCAAGGAGGCGUUCUCAUGGUAUCUCACGAUGUGACCAUGUUGCAGAAUGUUUGUACGAGUCUCUGGGUUUGCGACAAUGGCCGUGUGGCGAAAUUCGACGGAGAUGUCAAUGCCUAUAAGAAAAAGAUAUCUGCCCAAGCAGAUGCCGCAGGAGUAGUGAAAGCCCAUUAAAUCUAUUCACUAGUUCGAAUGAGACAUACUUAUAGGAAUACGCCUCAGCCGGCUACGUAGCGUAUCAUGAUAAACGAUUCGAAGUUCAGGAUCCUAACUAGGUAUUGCAAUAGGCAAGAACUACCAAUCUGCAGAUCUUUCAUAAUGCAAAGUGGCAUGUGAGCUUGUUCGAACGUACAACUCAUUCUUUUCAGCCCACCAAUUCUUUCUCAUACUUGUACUUAGAAUCAAUUGAAACAUGCAACUACUAUGACA